CCGCAGAGCAGCGGCUCCAAGUGCGGGGUGACCGACCAGAGCUACCCCCUGGCCGCAGAGGGGCAGCAAGCGCACGUGAGCCAGACAGAAACUGGAAGCACGCGGAAAAAAAGAUUUGUGUCCAGCCCUCGCUAUGUGGAAACCAUGCUUGUAGCCGACCAGUCCAUGGCAGAGUUCCAUGGCAGUGGAUUGAAACACUAUCUCCUAACUUUGUUGUCUGUGGCAGCCAAAUUAUACAAGCAUCCCAGUAUCCGAAACUCUAUUAGUCUGGUAUUGGUAAAAAUUCUGGUCAUCUAUGAUGAGCAGAAAGGACCUGAUGUUUCUUCUAAUGCUGCCCUUACCUUACGGAACUUCUGCAGUUGGCAAAAGCAGCACAAUCCACCCAGUGACCGCCAGGCAGAGCACUAUGACACAGCAAUCCUCUUUACCAGACAGGAUCUUUGUGGUGCCAAGACAUGUGAUACUCUUGGGAUGGCUGAUGUGGGAACAAUUUGUGAUCCAAACCGCAGUUGCUCUAUCAUAGAAGAUGAUGGAUUGCAAGCUGCCUUUACUACAGCCCAUGAACUAGGUCAUGUGUUUAACAUGCCCCAUGAUGAUGCAAAGCAGUGUGCUGAUAUUAAUGGUGUAAGCCAGGAUUCCCAUAUGAUGGCGUCUAUGCUUUCCAAUCUGGAUCGAAGCCAACCUUGGUCUCCAUGCAGUGCCUACAUGAUUACAACAUUUUUGGAUAAUGGUCAUGGUGAGUGUUUACUGGACAAGCCCCACAAACCUAUACAGCUUCCCUCUGAUCUCCCCGGAACUCUGUAUGAUGCCAAUAGACAGUGCCAGUUUACAUUUGGAGAUGAGUCCAAACAUUGUCCGGACCCAGCUAGCACAUGUACAACUUUGUGGUGUACAGGCACCUCUGGAGGAUUGCUUGUUUGCCAAACUAAACAUUUUCCUUGGGCAGAUGGCACCACUUGUGGAGAGGGAAAAUGGUGUGUGAAUGGCAAGUGUGUAAACAAGACUGAGAAGAAGCAUUAUGAUACCCCUGUCCAUGGAGGCUGGGGAUCAUGGGGACACUGGGGAGACUGCUCAAGGACAUGUGGUGGUGGAGUGCAGUACUCCCUUAGAGAGUGUGAUAACCCAGUCCCAAAGAAUGGAGGAAAGUACUGUGAAGGCAAACGGGUGCAAUACCGAUCAUGUAAUAUUGAGGACUGUCCAGAUAAUAACGGCAAAACUUUCAGAGAAGAGCAAUGUGAAACACACAAUGACAUUUCCAAAUCUCCUUUUGGAAGUGGACCAGCAGUAGAAUGGACACCCAAGUUUGCUGGAGUCUCUCCAAAGGACAGAUGCAAGCUUGUCUGCCGAGCAAAAGGCACUGGAUAUUUCUUUGUUCUGCAGCCAAAGGUUGUAGAUGGCACCUCAUGUAGCCCAGAUUCCACUUCUGUCUGUGUUCAGGGACAAUGUGUAAAGGCUGGCUGUGAUCGUAUGAUAGGCUCCAACAAGAAAUUUGACAAAUGUGGUAUCUGUGGAGGCAAUGGAUCUACCUGUAAGAAAGUGUCAGGCACACUCGUUAGUGCAAAACCUGGUUAUCAUGAUGUUAUCACCAUUCCCACUGGAGCAACCAACCUUGAAGUUAAGCAACGAAAUAACAGGGGUUCACGUCAUGAUGGCAGUUUUCUUGCUAUUAAAGCUGCUGAUGGCACAUAUAUCCUUAAUGGUGACUACACCCUAUCGACAUUGGAACAAGAUAUUACUCAUAAAGGCACUGUUUUGCGAUACAGUGGCUCAUCUGCAGCUUUGGAAAGAAUUCGCAGCUUUAGCCCACUGAAGGAACCUUUAACUAUCCAGGUUCUUACUGUGGGUGACUCACCUCAACCUAAAAUCAAAUAUACCUAUUUUGUGAAGAAACCACUACAGUCUGUGUCUGAGAGAGCUUCCAGCAAAAAAAAAGAAUCUUUUAAUGCCAUCAAGGAGACAAUCUUAUCUGAAUGGGUUAUUGAAGAAUGGGGAGAAUGUUCAAAAUCAUGUGGGUCUGGCUGGCAAAGAAGAUCUGUUGAAUGCAGAGACCUUAAUGGGCAGUCGGCCACAGACUGUGCAAAAGAACUCAAACCAAACGAUCUCCGACCGUGUGCAGACAUGCCCUGCCCACAGUGGCAACUGGGAGACUGGUCACCAUGUUCUAAGACAUGUGGGAAAGGAUUCAAGAAGAGAUUAUUAAAAUGUAUGUCUCACGAUGGCAGUAUGUUGCCACAAGAAAGCUGCGACCCUUCAAAGAAACCUAAACAUUUAAUAGACUUUUGUAAUGUUACAAAGUGCACUUAAACAAUAUCCAGUUGGAAAAGCUGAAGUUUUUUUUUUUUCAAACUGUGCACUGAAAACAAGAGAGCUAGUGGUAGUAUGUAUGUCUUGCAUAUUAAAAUCAUGGUGAGGACUCAUUGAGAGGAGACAGUACACAUUUUAGGGUAGUGUUGCAUCAUAAAAAUAUCCUGCAAAGUGCAGAUUUGAUAGUGACAUUGGUUUGUUAGACUAACUUUUUCAUCUUCAGUACAUAAAGCCCUAAGGCAUUAUAAUUUCCUGUUUAAGUCAGUUACAAGUUAAAGACAACAUAAGCAGGGGCCAAAUUGAGUUUAAGCAAGCAUUUUAGAUCCCUCUCCCACUUUAGAUUUGUGUUGCGGUACUGUUCAAGUCCCCAGGUUUUUUAUGUGGAUGGCUUGGGAGGGGGAGGUACAAGGGAGAAGAUAGCUUUUGUCUAAGCUUAAAAUAAUUGGUCAAGGCUUACCUACCUCACAAAAAACAUAAAACAGGAUUGGAAAAGGAGUGUCAACUACAUUGCUCAUGGCUGCUAUUGUUUCAGAGAUUAGUUUUAUUUAAAAAUAAAGCCAUAUUCUCCACAAGUGAGGAGUUAACAAUAUCAAGAACAAUCAUUCUAACUUAACUUAACCUGCAGACAACUAGAAUGUUCUUUUUUUAAGCAUUUUUGUAUCUCCCCAAUGUUUCUAUCCAUUUCUCUCAUCCAUGCCAAUGUAGUUAUUCUGACAUGCAUAACUUACAAAGUUGGAAUAAGUGGCAAUCUCCAUAGAGCAGGUGUUUGGUGCCUCCUAACCAAACCACUGGUUUCUUUGGUUCCACCAUACUGUCAACCAAAGUUAUGGCAGUGAAGAUUUGAACGCUGUCUCAAUUUUAACUUUUACCAUGUUCCAGUCAAUACUAGCUUACUUAUUUGUGUUAUGCUAGAGACAGAUCAAAGGAAAAAGAAAUUCCCAUUAUGAAUGGGAAUCUCUAAUAUCUCACUUCUAAUAUUUUUAUAGUGCUCAAAUCACUUUUUUUAAGGUGGGAAAGACAAAGCUGAAGGAUAGCAGGUCCAUCCACAGCAGUACACUAGGAGUUGUAUAAUUAAAAGUUUGUGCCAGUCCAUAGACUAUGAGAGAAUAUGGCUUUCCAUAUGUAUAUAUUAAAAUAUAUUACUAUAGAUUAUAUGUACUUUAUAAGUAUUUUAUAUUUCUUUUCCUUCUGGGAAGGGGUAUAGUUUGUAAUAAAUGUGCAUAAUGAACCUAUUUAUUUUUAUACUUCCUGUGAUCUUCUAAGUUAUCGCUUUUUUAAAAGGACAUCUAUAACAAGGAUAGAGUAUUUAUAUGGUAUAUGUUACUAGAGCUAAUAAAUGAACACUAUGAAUUUUUGAAA